CAUUAUGCGUGCUCAUCACCACGAACAUCGCCUAUUACCUUGUGUUCUGGAUACUAGCGUCUCAGCACGACUCACAGCUGACUCUGUACGACGGGGUCGUAGUAUGCUAUCUCAUGGCCUUCUCAACGUUCGUAAUCGAAAUAACCAUCGGAAGGCUUCACGAGCAUCUCAUCGACACCCUGCUGAACCGGCCACGGAUCGCCGGCCAGUCCAGACGAAAAAUCGACGUAACACACCUGUUGGUUGCCGCAUCUGCGGUCUUGCAACUCUUUGUUCUCGCGGUCGUUGCAUCCUCGCUUUUCGAACAGGCGGAGACGUUUGGUUCGCAGCCAGAAUGCAAUAAGGAUGUCGUCCUCGUUUUGUUCGCUCCCUUCAAAGUGUUGGGCUCUGGUCGAGUGUUCGCGGAGGUCUUUUUGGCUGCUAUGAUUUUCGUUGCAGCCGCGCGUCGAUUGUGGAACGUGGUUCACAAACCUCCAGGACUCCCGCUUCCAGUCGGGACUUGCUAUGGCACCCGCCGCUGCCCGGGUUUCCGUCCUUUGUGGUUAUCCAAGACUCUUGCGCUUCUGGUCAUCGUCUCGUUGUUCAUCGUCAACAUCGAACUUCUGCGGGUUGAAAACAAUGUGCACUCUGGGAUCAACGACUGGGACUUCGGUCAGAUUUUGCCCAUGCUCCUGCUCGUUUUCCCCAUAACGACGAUCUAUAAAUCCGUACCCGUGCAGACUAUUUAUGCGAUGCUCGGGAUACAAACCGGAAGACCUAGUACAACUAUCUCAUACAACAUGCACCCCCCUGAGGCUACACCCGAAGCUGCGUCGGAACCUGUCGAUGCUAUCCCGAUGACCGCCAUUGAGUCGAAUGACGGUCCCUCGCAAAUGCGCCCGGCGGAAGAACUCGCCGUCACCCCUUCCAUGCCUACUCCACCUACCCACGCUGUACAAGCUUCAUCUACACGGUGGCGCUCGGGAAGGGCGAAAUUCACCCAUCGAUUCACCCAAACGCCAGUCCGCAUUUGCCGCAAUGGCGGGCGAGUUUCACCCUCAGAGGGUAAAUUUAACCGGCUCAACGGGUUGCCACGAAGGGUGAAAAAAGCCUGAAGUAUGAACUCUUUCACCCUCGUGAUCGAAACCCUCAUUCCUGAAUAUGAGGCGAACUUUUCACUAUGAAAGGAGGCAAAUUUCACUCGUGCAUGCUCAGCCUGUAGUCAGGAAUAGCGUAGGAAUGCAAUACUCGUUGCUUAUAUACUUAUAAGGUUACCGUACAGGACAGUAUGUACACCGACUAUAUGUGAUUAAG